AUGCGGUACCUUCGCCUGGCGCAGGGCGACGAUGGUUGCACGGAUGGCCAGUGGGUCCUCGCCAAUACAAAUCCCAACGACUUUGUCGACAAGGCAUUGGGCAUCUAUGAGCUUCGCGGCUCGAAGCGGGAUUGCAUUGAAGCCGGCUCCGUCCAACAGGCCCUGAGGCAGUGCUCCACGAAGGAGUUGGCAUUCAUCGAGAUGAAGGAGGAAGGGGAGGAGGGGCAGACGGCCCUAGUGCUGGACGACCCAUCCACGCCAGAGCCAGCCGACUACUGGCUCCACCCCUGCGACUGUGCUCCGUCAGCUUGGGGCCCGGAGUUGCCAGUGGAUCCGCAGAUGUUCCAACACCUUCCGGCUGCCAGCGACAACAACUUCAUUCCGACUCCGUACACCAUCGUCACAGGGCAGCUGACAUGCCCGUCACGGCAACUCUUGCAAG